GCGAUUCCGGGAGCUUCAGGAACAGCGGAUGAUGGUGCAGAAGAAGACCUACACCAAAUGGAUGAACAGUGUUUUCUCAAAGAACGGGGAAAAAAUCAUCUUGACUGAUGUAUAUACAGAGCUGAGAACUGGUGUGGAUCUUGUGCGACUUUUGGAACUCAUCUCUAAGGUUAAACUUCCCACUCCCAGUCGACGCACACUACGAGUUCACUGUCUGGAAAACAACAGCAAUGCUAUUAACUUCCUUAAAACCAAGGUCCGGGUAGAUUUGAUUGGUCCAGAAAAUGUUGUGGAUGGAGACAGAACCCUGAUCCUGGGCCUCAUUUGGAUCAUCAUUCUUCGAUUUCAGAUUGGAUCCAUAAUUGAGGUGGACGGAGCUGUCAGUGGUGCUCGGCGCUCAGCCAAAGAAGCUUUACUGAUCUGGUGUCAGCGUAAGACUGCCGGUUACGCCAAUGUAAAUGUACAAGACUUCUCCAGCAGCUGGAGAGAUGGACUGGCCUUUAAUGCUCUUAUUCAUGCUCACCGGCCUGAUCUGUUUGACUACAACCGACUACACCAGGACGAUGCGAAGAGAAAUCUGACCCAUGCUUUCAGCCUGGCAGAGAAUGAAUUUGGUAUAAUGCAGCUCUUGGAUGUGGAGGACAUCAUGGUGCCCCAUCCUGAUGAGAAGUCCAUCAUGACUUAUGUCUCUCUGUACUACCACUACUUCUCCAAAAUGAAGCAGGGCCAAACCAUCCAGAAGAGGAUAGCCAAGAUUGUUGAUCUUCUUAAAGACCUGGAUGAUAUGAAGGUCCAGUAUGAGAGCAUGGUGUCUGACUUACUACGCUGGAUCAAGACCAAGGUGGUGGAGCUCAACGACCGCUCUUUUCCCAACUCCCUGCGAGACAUGCAACGUCUGGUGGCCGCCUUCAAGACUUACCGAACUGUUGAGAAGCCCCCAAGGUACCAGCAACGUGGAGCCAUUGAGGCCCACCUCUUCAACUUGCGAACCAAGCUGAGGGCGAACAACCAAUGGGACUACGUUCCUACGGAAGGCAAGACUGUGGGGGACAUUGAAAGGAACUGGACCUUGCUGGAGCGAGCGGAACAUCAGCGAGAGCGGGACUUGCAGAGCGAGCUAAUGAGGCUGGAGCAUCUGGAACAGCUGGCCCAGAAGUUUGGCCGUAAGGCUACGCUGAGGGAGAGCUAUCUAGAGGACACUCUGCAACUCAUCCGGCAGCAAGAUCUGGGAGGUUUGCAGAGUCUGGAGGAGGCCGAGACAGCGGCGCGCAAACUGGAGGCCCUGGGAGCCGACGUGUUGGCUCGCGAGCCGCGUUUCCGUGCUUUAAGUGACAUGGCUGCUGUUAUUGAGAGGGAGAACUACCACAGCAAAGCCCAAGUGACUCGCAGGCAGGCAGAAAUCAUGAAGCAGUGGAAAGCUUUGCUUCAGCAGCUGCAGCAGCAGAAAGAACACAUUGGAGAUGUUAUGAAUGCACUUGCGGUCCUCAGAGACAUUCAGCUCAUAUCUCUGGACCUCAAAGAACUACAGGCCCAAGUAGAUUCGUCUGAUAUAGGAAAACAGCUGCCAGAGGUGAUUGCUCUACUGCAAAAGCAGGACCUGCUAGACACUCAGAUCAUCUCACUUGGGGAAGCCCUGAAUGGUAUCAGCAACAGUGUCUUAAAGGUUAAACACAAAGAUGCCACGAAAGUCCAGAAAGAAGUUAAUAAACUCAAUACCCAGUAUAACUCUCUACUGGCUAUCAGCAAGAACAGGAGGAAAGCCCUGGAGGGACAACUGAAGCUCUUUGAGUUUUUCUAUGACUGUGAAGAAGUGGAAGCGUGGAUCUAUGAAAAAUGGGUUCUCCUGCAGGCAGCAUCACUGGGCAGAGACCUCAGUCAAAUUCAACAGUCCAUCCAGAAACAAAAGGCUUUGGAGGCCGAGAUACAAUCACAAGAAUCUCUGUGUUCUGGGGUUCUCUCCAGAGGCCAAGAGCUGUGCCGGGUGAGACACCCCAAUGAGAGAGACAUCCAAAAGUGGAUUCGAACUCUUCAGAAACAAUGGCAGCAACUUAAAGACCAAGUUAUCAUCCGAAAGAACAGGCUACAUGCAGCCAAUGUCAUCAAGCAGUAUUUUGCUGAUGUUACGGAAGCAAAUUCAUGGCUUGCUGACCGCAAGCCACUUCUCACCGAUGAGGACUAUGGAAAGGAUGAGGCCAGCACUACUUCUCUGCUCCAGCGUCAUCAAAGAGUGGAGAAGGAAAUGGAAGCUUAUGUUUCAGAAGUAAAACGACUGGGAGAGCAGGCCAAGAGUGCUGCCCAACUCGCUCCUCUUACUGCUGAACCCCUGCAAAGCAGAAUGGUACAAUACAGUGAUUCAUCUGAUGGUGAAGAUGAGAGGGAGAAAAGGGUCAACAAAGAGGGCAAAGUCCUCACCAAAGCUCUACCACAAGCAAUGAUAAGGUUUAAAUACAAAGGGGUAAAAUUAACCUGGGAUCGGGGAGAAAUGGUGACGAUUGUCAGCAGGGAAAAAGAUGAUAAGAUGCUUCUCCGAGACAGUAAAGGAAAUGAACAACUGGUGUCCUCCACUUAUGCCAGAGUGCUGCCAUCGUCUGAAGCAUCACCUGAAAUUACAAAUGGAGCACCCGAGAGCCCAAAAAGGAAAGUGAGUCGUCCUCGCCGUACUCGUUCCAUGCGCCGUGGCACGGCUGAAAUCUCUACUUCAUCACUGCCUGACCCACACUUCCAAAAAGACACAAUAGAAAGCACACAGACUGGUCUGGAACGAGACUUUAACAGUCUUUAUCGUCUUGCACAGUCAAAAAAUAAGAUCCUGGACGAGACUGCACGACUACAUAGAUUCUACAAUGCCUGUGAGGAGUUUGAGUCCUGGAUGGGGGACAAGGAGAAUAUACUCAACACUUUCAGCUCUAACGCCAAUAACUUGGAAGUUGCACAAGCCAAAUAUGAGAACUUCCUUACUGAGCUAGCCAGUGGCACAAAGCAGCUUGAUGACAUCACCAAACUUGGAGAGGAGCUUGUGAAAAAACAGCAUGGCCAGAAGAAAGAGAUUCAGAUCAGACUUGGCAGCAUAACACGCAGGUGGGAACACAUUCAGAAACGGAAGGAUGAGAUAGCUCAUGAGCUUCUUAGCUCUGCUGAUGUGAAGUCCUUUCUACAGACCUGCCAUGAAGUCCAAGCUCAGCUCCAGGACAGGCUAGCUCAACUUGACACACCUGAUGUGGGUAGCUCAUCAUCCGCCCUGCAGGUUGAAGAACACAGGCAAGCCCAAGCUGAGAGGGACAUAGAAGCCCUGGAAAGGAAAAUACAGUACCUUAAAAGUGUGGCCAAAAUGAAACAGGACUGCAGUCCUGCAGAGAGUGCCGCUAUCAUCGAAGAGGUGCAUGCUCUUGAACAACUGCUUGCGCAGUUGAAGGCCCAAGCCAUUCAGAGACAAAAGAUGCUGAAGGAAGCGGGACGCCUGCAGCUCUUUCAGAAAGAGACCAGAGACCUGUUGUUGUGGGCCGAGGCGAUACAGGAGCACCUUCUGGAAGAGGAGAGAGGGUCUGAUGUAGCAUCUGCUCAAGCCCUGCUGAAAGACAACCAGGAUCUGAAAUUGGAGAUUGAACUGCAGAGAGCAAAAUUGAAAGAUAUGGAGAAGCUGGGUAAGUCUCUGAAUAUGGCAUCUGGAGAGAAAGGAGCUAAAGAUGUUCAACAGACCCUCACAAAGUUGGAUCUUGAGUGGCGCCAACUGGACAAACUGUGGUCUAGUCGUAACAGGAGGCUUGAGCAAGAACUGGAGUUCCAAAAGCUGAAUAGGGAAGCAGAUCGCAUUGAGGCCACAAUUUCUGGUCAUGAAGCCAGGCUGAAAGUCAGAGACUUGGGGGACUCUGUGGACAGUGUUCACAGUUUGCUGAGUCGACAAGAAGAGCUUGAGGCUUUGCUUGGAGCUCUGGAGCGAUCCAUUGGCCUCUUUCAAGACAAGAGUCAAGAGCUCAUUAACAAGAAUAACUUUGCCUCCAAAGAGAUUCAGCAGCGAUUGAAGGUCAUUCAAGAUCGAUUCAGGAGGCUGAAAGAAAGUUGUAAAUUAAGAAGGCUUGACUUACUUGCCUCCAAAAAGUAUCAGGAAUAUUUGCGAGAUGUAGAUGAGAUGAUGCUGUGGAUGGAGGAGAAGUUUGAGAUUGCUGAGGAUGAAUCAUACAGAGAUCCAACCAACAUCCUUCGCAAGCUCAAAAAACACGAAGCAGCAGAAAAAGAGAUGCAGGCCAAUCAAGUCCACAUAGACAAACUGAUUGAGACUGGAGAGGAAAUGUUAACAGAGGAUCGCUACAAUGGCCAGAGCAUCCAGAAAAAGACACGAGACAUUCGCAAAAGAUGGACUGAACUUCAGAGGAAGAUGGCAGAAAGAGGGGACAAGCUACGACAGGCUGGCCAGCAGGAGCAACUCAUGGAGCUGCUUCAGGAUGCAAAAUUAAAGAUUGAGGCAAUUGAGAGAAUGUUGCAGAAUGCUAUCAGAGGUCAUGACCUUCGCUCAAGCCGACAGCUUUUAAAGGAACACAAGCAGUUGGAAGAGGAAGCACAAGAGCUCGCUGAAAAAAUCAACUCCAUUGUGACUCGUGCCAAACAUCUGGCCACCAACCAUUUCGAUUCUCAGCGCAUUCUCAGAGAGACUGACACUUACCUAAAACUAUUCAAGUCUCUACAAAAACCUCUGGACAAUCGCAGGAGCCAAUUGGAGGCAGAUGUGGCUCUGUAUAGCUUUUAUCACGAUGUGGACUUAGAGCUUAACUGGAUAUCAGAACAUCACCCUGUUGCUGAUACUCGAAACUAUGAAAGAUCUCUAGCUGGGGCAGUUAGCCUGCUUCAAAAACACAAGGACCUGCAGGCAGAGGUGAAUACCCACAGCCAGUAUCUGCAACGUAUUCUGGACAGAGGACGAGCCAUGGCCCACUCCAAUCAGUGGAAUGGUCAGGAGGUGAAGCAGAGGUGCGAUCAACUGAAGAUGGAGUGGGAGGAGCUAGAGGAGUCAUGUGAGAAACGGUCAGGAGAACUUAACAAGGCAGUUACACGGGAGCAGAUUUUGCGUGACUGCACUGAGUUGGAGACCCUUCUGUCAGAAACUUCAGCUUUGGUCAGCACGGAUUAUGGCAAAACUGAAUUAGCCACUCAAAGUCUGAUAAAACAGCACCAGGCAGUGGAGAGGCAGGUGGAGGUUAUUGCAGCCCAAGUAGAUGACCUCAAGUCCAACGUAAAGCAGGCUGUACGGGUAUGGGCUUUAGAGGAGUUGAAUAGACCCUACAACCACAUUAAACUGAAGUUUUCCGAGGUUCAACAAUCAGCGACGGUCAGAGAGCGGAAGCUGCGAGAGACCCUACACCUGCAUGAGUUUAAGCGUGAGUCUACAGAAUUGGAGGAUUGGAUUGCUCAGCAGACACAGACUGCCUCCACAAAUGACUUGGGGAGUGAUUAUGAAAAUGUUUUGCAACUGCGUGCGAGAUUUGAGGUGUUCCUGAAGCAGCUGGAGGUGGGUUUCGAGAGGAUGCACACCUGUGAAGAGUUGGCUGACAGACUCAUCAAAAGUAAUCACCCUGAGAGCCGCUUCAUUCGAGAAACACAGAAUCUACUCAGAGAAUCAUGGGAAGAGCUGGAGGAUUUAGCCAAAGAUCGUAAAGAGAAGCUCAGAAAAUCUGAGGAAUGUCACAAAUUCUGCAAAGAUCUCACUGAUGCAUUGAUGCAAAUAAAGGAGAGGUAUAAGAGCAUACCUGAUGAUAUAGCCAAAGACCUGAAGGGGGUGCUGUCGCAGCUACGCAAACAUGAAGCUCUUGUACAUGAGCUGGCUGGAAUAGAACUACAGCUGCAGGAGCAGUUGGAUGGAAUUGAUGACAUUCUGGACAUGUGCUCUCCUGAGCUGCGGGUGGGGUUGCAGGAGCAGCAGCAGGAGGUGGUGGAGAGCUGGGACGGGCUCCGUAGGCACAUGGAGCAAAGAGAGGAGGAGCUGCGGUCAACUAAAGACCGCUACAUGUUCCUUAACACGGCACAGGACUACUCCCUGUGGUGCUCUCAGGUGUUGAGUGGGAUGAAGGCAGAGGAAUCCAUUCGAGAUGUUGCCACCUGUGAUCUGCAGUUGUUUCAGCACCAGCAGCUGUGGGCUGAGAUUGUGGCGCGCGAGGAGACGUACGCUCAGGCUGUGGCUAUGGGUCAGGGCCUGCUGGAGCAAGACAAACACAAUACUAGAGAGAUCCAGGAGAAAUUGAAAGCUCUGCAGGAAGAGAGAGAGAAACUGACUGAUAACUGGCAGUCGAAGCAGAAGUGGCUGGAGAACACUUACCUGGAGCAGGUGUUUUAUAGAGACACUGAAUACAUGGAAAAGAUCAGUAACUCACAAGAGAUCCAGCUGAAGAACAGUGAUUUGGGAAUGACAGUGGAUGACGUAGAAACAUUACUCAAACGCCAUGAAGCCUUCGAAAAACUUCUGAACUCUCAGGAAGACAAGAUGGUGGCUCUUCAGGAGUCAGCAGAGCGCUUAAAGACACAAGGUUUGAAGCGAGAAAAAAACAGCAACAUUAAAAACAAACUGAAAGCACUCCAGGAAAGAAGGAAGCGCAUCAAGGAUCUCUCUGCCCAACGCAGGGAAGAUCUUGAGAUCUCUCUGCUGCUCUGUAUCUUCAACCAAGAUGCGUUUGAGGCAGAGGAAUGGAUUACAGACCGUAUGAAUAAAAUACAAGACGACUCAGAGAUGGACUUGAGCAGCCUUGAGACCAAAAUGAAGAUAUUGCAGAAGCAUCAGGUGUUUGAGGCAGAGAUUCUGGCCCACGGAAAGAUCAUCGAAUCGGUCCAGCAGGCUGGAAAUGAGCUUGUGAACAUGCAUCACCCAAAAUCGAAGGAGGUACGGCAGUCCGUUUCAGCUCUGAUCUCACACUGGGAGGAUUUGAAGCAGGAAGUUGCCGCCCGUGGAAAAGUUCUGGAGGAUAACAGAGAUUUUUUCGAGUUCCUGCAGAAAGUGGAACAGGUGGAGGUUUGGAUAAGACAAAAGGAGGUGAUGAUAAAUGUCGGUGAUGUUGGCGAGGACUAUGAACAUGGUCAGCAGCUGCUGAAGAAGCUCAGUGAAUUCAGAGGCUCGAGCUCUGGGGAUGUGACUGUGGAUGAUGCUCACAUCAAGACGAUCAACACACUGGCUGCUCGGUUAGAGAGGCAGAACAGCAACGAUCUGGCGACCGUCAGGAAGCGUAGGCAGCAACUCAACGAGAGAUGGAGUGAUUUCCAUGGCAACCUCAGCAGCUAUAAGCGGAAGCUAGAGGCAGCGCUGGAGGUCCACGCUUUGAUCCGAGAGUUGGAAGAAGUGAGGGACAGAGCUGGAGAGAAGAUGCUUCUGCUACAGGGCAAGGAUUGCGGAGGGGAUGUGGAGAGUGUGGAGAACCUCAUUCGCAGACACGAGGAGAUGGAAAGGGAGGCCCGAGUCAUCCAGGAGAGGGGCGCUGCCCUAGAGAAGGAGACUAAAGAUCGGCUGAGGAGACAUAGUGAGCUGUCUGACAAGCUUAGUAAGAAGCAGAAAGAGGUCAGCAUUGCUUUAGCGAAACUGGACAAGGAAGUCAGACUAAGGAAGGAACGGUUGCAGGAGUCUCAUCAGCUGCAGCUGUUUAAGGCUAACCAGCGCCUCCUGCUGGACUGGACCCUCAAGCAGACCGAUGAGAUAGUGAAGAAGGGUCUACCUAAAAAUAAGACUGAAGCUGAGAGCUUCAUAGUAGAGCACCAGGACUGGAAGGCAGAGAUUGAUGCUCGUGGUGAGCGUAUCGAUUCGGUUGAGAAUUUUGGACAGAAUCUUGUUAAAUCUGGACACAGCAAUACUGCAGAUAUUAAAGAAGCAUUACGCAGGUUGGAGGAUGCCAAAAAAAAGCUUGCUCAAGCUUGGGCAGACAGAAAGAACACUCUGGAUCAAGCGCUGAAGCUCCAGAUAUUCUUGAACUAUGCAGAGCAGUGUGAGAACUGGAUGAGUAACAGGGAGGCUUUGCUGCUGAAUGAGGAUCUUGGGGGCUCUUUAUCCGAGGUGGAGACUUUACAGAGGAAGCACGCUUUGUUUGAGAGCUCUCUGGAAGCUCAGAUUGAACAGGUAGCAGAGGUUGAGAGAAACGCUCAACAGCUCACCCAGACGCGUCACUACAACUCUGACAACAUCAAGAAGAAGACUAAAGCCAUUCUGCUCAGGAAGGACAAGCUACUGGAAAUGAGCAAAGCUAAACGAAAAGCUUUAGAAGAAUCUCUACAGCUGCAGAAGUUCCUAGAGGACGGCUAUGAGAUUUCCACCUGGUUGAAUGAGAAGAACUCUGUGGCUCUUGAUGAGAGCUGGAGAGACCCUAUCAACCUGCAGGCUAAGCUACUGAAACACCAAAGCUUUGAGGCUGAGAUACUGGCAAACCGCAACCGAGUAGAGACCCUCACAAAAGAGGGAGAUCAGAUGCUGGCAUCCAGUCAUCCUGCUAAAAGCAAGAUUAAACCACGAGUAAAGGAUGUCAGUGACAGCUGGGAACUGCUUUUAAGCAACUGCAAGGAUAAGAAGUCACGUUUACAGCAAGCGUAUCAGGCCUUGCAGUUUCAAAGAUCUUUGGAUGACAUUGAGGAGUGGCUGGGAUCAGUGGGGGUAGAGGCGACCAAUGAAGACUACGGCAGAGACCUGGCCUCAGUCAGCAGACUGCUGAAGGCCCUACAGGGUGUAGAGGAGAUGGUUGAUGCACACAUGGAGAAAGUUCAGGGGCUGGUUGACACAGCCAAAGACUUCAGCUCUCAAGGCAAUUUCCUUGCAGAAAACAUCCAGCAGAGGGUCUGGGAGGUUGUCAACAGGUAUAAUGGCCUAGCCGAGCCACUGCAGGCCCGCAGGGAAACACUGGAGUCCUGGCAGCUGCUCUUCCAGUUCUACAGGGACUUAGAGGACGAGCUAGCAUGGAUUCAGGACAAGCUGCAAGCCACAACUAUAAAAGACCUGGGAAAUUCCCUACAGAGCACACAAACUUCAGUCAAAAAACAUCUGGUUGUGAUGCAGGAAAUUGAGAGCCGGACCCCUCUGGUGAUGGCUGUACAGGAGGCGGGGCAGAAACUGGUGCGGGGACGACACUUUGCUUCCCGUGAGAUCAGCGAGAGAGUUGCUGAGCUAAAGAAAAACUUUGACACUUUGAGGAAGGAGACUGAGAAGAAAUAUCACCUGCUUCAAGAAGCACUGAAGAUCCAGACCUUCCUCUUAGAGGUCUCCCAACUGGAACAGUGGACGGAGGAGCAGAGGCCCGUGCUGGAGUCCAGAGACUAUGGAAAAAGCGAGGAGGUCACUGAGGGUUUCUUGAGAAAACUAGACACAGUUGACCUUGAGUUGGAGAACCAACGUGGAAAAGUGGAGUCUCUCCUAAAAACGGGCACUGAUCUAGAGAAAUCCAAACAUCCCAACAGCCAUUUAGUAAGUAAGAGCCUUAAAGAUGCUCAUGGUGAGUUUGAGACGCUCCUGAGACUGUCCGCUGAACGCCGUGACCAACUGGAGAAUCAGUACAAUCUCUAUGUGUUUGAGAGAGAAGCCACAGACCUACAGAACUGGCUCCUCUCCCGCAAGACCAUCGCAGAGUCUGAUGAUUUUGGACAAGAUCUAGAGGGGGUUGAGGCGCUGCAGAAGAAGUUUGAGGAUUUUGCAGAAGAGGUCACCACCCUUGGUCAGAGUAAGCUUGGCAAUGUCCAGAGAUUGAGGCAGGCAGUUCAUUCAUCUGAGGCACAGCUGAAGGAAAAGGAUCUGCUGAGACUGUGGGAGAACUUAAACAAAGCUAUGAAAACCAGAGCGGAGAAACUGCAUACUGCUCGAGAGGUCCAUCAGUUUGACCAUGAUCUGGAUGAACUCAGGAGCUGGAUGAGCGAGAAGGAGGUGGCUCUGGAUUCUGAGGACCAGGAGAAUGACCUGCUCAGUGUCCAAGCUCUCAUUCGCCAACAUGAAGGCCUCGAGAGAGACCUAGCUGUGAUAGAAGAGGAUGUGUCCCGUCGAAAUGAGGAAAGCAAAGCUCUGGUCCACAGGUUCCCGCAAGUGAAGGACAGUCUAAAUGAGAGGCUACAGGAGAUGAAGGAGAUCUGGAGCAGCCUGCUGGAGAAAGCCAAUGAGCGCAGACAAAGACUCCAACAGGUUGAAGCCAUUCAGAGAUAUCUGACCGAAUGGAGAGAGCUAAUUGGCUGGCUCAAGGAGACGUUGUCCCUAGUGACAGGGGAGGGGCUUGGAGGGGAGGUCAAAGACCUGGAGCAGCUAAUCAAAAGGCACGAUGAGUACCGCACACAGAUUGACAGGCAGCUGGACAAAUCAGAAAUUGUUAAAAAUGAAGGGAGGCGUCUGAUGGAAGAGGGGAACUUCAUGAGUCAGGAGCUGGAGGAGCGUCUGGCGGAGCUGCAGGAGUUGGAGGCACGUGUGUUGCAGACGUGGGCUGAACGCAGAGCUCAGUAUCUGGAGGAUCUGGAACUGCAGCAGCUACAGAGAGAGCUGGAGCAGGCCGAACACUGGCUCAACACUUAUGAGAGUGCACUUAGAGCAGAGGAGUAUGGGGACUCUGUCUCAGAUGUUCUGGAGUUGAUGAAGAAACAGGAGGAUCUGGAAGCCAUGAUUCAAGCCCAGAGUGAGAGAUUUAAUGCCCUGCAAGCCAGGAAAAUUCAGAGAGAACAUAAGCUAAAAAAAACUGAGCGAGACAAUAACACAGGCUCCAGCCGCGAGAAGCCAGUUCGUGUGCCAUCCCUGAAGAAAAAGGCUUCUGAACGUCCUGCUUUGCCUCCGCGACCCUCGAUGACCAAUCCUGUCCUCAGACGGAACAGCAGCGGCAGGAAGGUGGAUAACACCUCUGUCCCUUCCAGAGUCUCGGUCAGAUCUUCCAUCCUGAGAAGAAACAGCAGUGAUAAAACUGAUUCCCUUGUGGUAUCACAUGUGGCAUCAGGUCUCAGGAGGAACAGCAGCAGUUGUAGCGAUACCACCACCUCACCUGACAAAACAUCCACCUCUGUACCAGAAAGCCCCAAUUCAUCUUCUGAAACUACUACAUCUGUGUACAGACCUCAUUAUCUACGCACCGCCCAAGACCCUCAAUCUGAAGAUGAGGGAGCUAUUCGGAAACAGGCUGAGUCAGGUAGCCAUCCCCCCAAAGAUGUUAUUCCCAAACCAAGGACCUUCCCAAGGCGUGAGAGAGCGUCCAGCACUGGUUCAGAGAUGCGGGGUCCUCCCAGGUCAAUACCCCCCGAUCCACCCUCUGAAGUCAACACGGUGAUGCUUUCUAGCAACAAUCAAAGCUCAGGGGAGAAAAAUCUUCCACCAUCUACCCCACCAGAGGACCCUCAGUCAUCUCCACCAUCUUCCCUUUCAGAGACAGAUACACUUGAAGAGGCUGACACUUCAAAAGAUCCAACCACCAAGAUCACAAGAGGUCAUGCCAAAAUGGAGGGUACCCUGGAGAUUAAACUGAAACAAGGAGGAAAUAAAGGCUCGGAUCACUGGGAAACGGUCUAUGCAGUACUGGAAGAGGAGACACUCAAUCUGUUUAAAGACCGAGAUGCCGCCAGUGAGAACUGCACACGUUGGCCGCCUGUCUCCCUGGCUGGAGCGGUUUGUAAAGACAAUCCUUACUUUAGGAGAAAAGAGCACACCUUCAAACUAAUACUGGCCGAUGGCAGUCACUAUUUGUUCGCUGCUUCGUCUCAAAGGGAGCAGCAAAUGUGGCUGAAGGAGCUGCAGGAUUGCACAAAUGAAGCUGCGUCUUUGGACAGUCCGGGAAUUAACACAGAAACGAGUGAAGAAAGCACAGAGCCAGCGGAAACAUCUAACACUCAAACUUCAAACUCAGAAUCUAACCAGGAAAUGGAAGAGUCCACAGAGAGUUGUGAGACUGACACAGAGCCACCAGCAAAACCCCCACACACUUAUUACAACAAACACCGCUACCCUGACGGAGGAGAAAGCCGAGACUCAGUAAGUGAGAGCUAUAAUUUAAGAAGUUUACAGAGGAACCAGGCACCCCUCUACCCUCCACCUCCUUCACUGGUACAGACAGAGAAUGGAAACAAGGACAGAUCCAAAAACAGGAAUGUAUUCAAGAAGUUUUUCAAAAAAUGAUUUUAUAGAGUGAUUUUCGUGUAAUAACAGGUCCAGCCUUCUAUUAUGGCAGUAGUUCAUAAAUGACUUCUUUUAUUUAUAUAUCAGUUUAAUAAAUGUGAAAAAUGAAAAUGAAAAUGAUAUAGACCACAACUAUGUUAAAGUUUAAAAUGCAAAAUUCCUCUAUUAGGUCUAAAAAAAUCUAUUAGAUAUUUUUUAUUUUUUUUAGUAUUCUUAUAAAGUUCAUGUGCUAACAAUUCAUGCGAUUUUUUGUAUGCUCAUGUAUGUUGUUAUGAUCCGAAUAAAUAAACAGCUAACUAAAGACGUAACAUUAAUGCGAAAACUUUUGGAAUAAUAGUAAACUCAUUAAUAAAUCAAGUAUUUACACACAACACUAUUUGUUAACUCACCACAUGAUGGCGCUACAGAUCAUGAAAAGUUAUAGUUGUGUUAUUUACUGUACAUUUAGUUUUACUAAAACCUAAUGUUUAAUUUUACAAGAGAAAGAAUGAGAUAAAUUUGUGUACCACUUAAUCUAUUUUUUAUACUUUUUGUAAACAUUGAUUAUUUAUAUAAUUGUAAGUAGACUAGUAGAAAUAACACCACGUCAACGAGUUACUCUCAAAAUGACGAAUUAUAAUUAUUGUGUACUGAUAAUAAUACUUAAUUAUUUAAUUUGGAAUAAAAUUGUAUAAUAUUUUUAUUGAAGUUAC